CUUUUCAUCACAAUCCUUACGGUAGCGUAGCCUGCUGUAUCAAUACAAACAUUCUGAAAACAUUAAGACCCACUUGUCUCAAUAGACAGAAUGGCCUUAGCAAGUGGACACUGGGUUGACAAGGAAAUGAAAGGUGAACCACCAAGUCCCAGGCAUGGCCAUGCAAUAACUGUGGCUGGGGAUCUAGCUUUCCUUUUUGGAGGAGUGUCCACCAGGUCUGAGGAGAUGUUCCCUAUGUUCCAGGAGGACUCGUCUGUAUGCAUGAACGACUUCUACAUGCUCACAGUGUCACCAUAUCACAUAACAUGGGAAGUGAUGCCACAGAAUGGGGCUGUACCCUCAGCAAGAGAAGGACACACACUUUGUUUGGUCAAAGGCAAGCUCUAUCUGUUUGGAGGAGUGUCCAAUCCACAGGCUGGAGAAUGUCUUCCUGGAGUCUAUUGUUUUGACAUAGUGAAUCUGGAAUGGGAGCGGCUCACCAUAGGGGGUGUGUCUCUCAGAACUGUCAGACACUGCUCCGUAUCCAUGGGAGACAAUAUCUAUGUCUAUGGAGGGCUUCUAGACGGGGUCCCGACUGAUGACCUCAUGAUGUUCAACACAGUGUCUCUGAACUGGACCCCUGUCAAGACCACUGGGACUCUACCAUCUGCAAGAUACAACCACACGUUCGCCGCUGUCGGUGAGCUAGUGUUCAUGUUUGGGGGGUGCACGGAGGAUGGCUGCUACCACAAUGACGUCCACAUUCUCAACACAGAUACCCUUGUGUGGCAGAGGUACGAUGUGAAGGGGGAGUCACCACUGGCCUGCGCCGGCCAGACCCUCACGGCUCACCAUGACAAGGAUAUUUACUUGUUUGGCGGCAAAUGCAUCAGUCAGGAUGGAACAGUAACUUCAACAAAUGAGAUUAACAAAUUAAGCAUUGAUAUAUAUAUUUGGUGGCAAAAAUGAAGAACAAGAAUUCAAUGACCUGAAGGUGAUGAAAUUGAUAAACCCAUCAGAAAGACAGCCAGUGAUGAAGGAAAUUCUGUCUGAGUUUGGGCUUCAGGGAGUCAGUCAUGGUUUCACACCAACUAAAGUCCCCAACGUAAAGUAUGAGCUCAGUAAGUCUCCGUCUUCGUUUUCUAUGAGGACGGGUGCAGCUGCCUCUGCACAGGUCACAGCCCACAGAGACUUCAACGCUGUCCGAUGCCAUGCCUUGGAAAUGAUCCAUAAAGCGUUCUCAAUGCUUGACCAAGAGUUCCAAAAGCUUGACGGAGAAAGGUCAGAGCUUGCUCAAGCUACCGCAGCUCUUAAGUAUGAGAGAGAAGCUCUCCAAGCCCAACACCUGCAACAAGAGGCAGAACUACAGGAAAUGUUGGAGAGACACAGAGCCCAGAAUGAGAACUGGCUACGUGCACGGGCAGAGGAGAAUGACAAGGAGAGGAAGGAGCUGUGUAAACUCAGGGAGGAUAUUGUGCAGGAGCAAGAAAGACUAAAAGAGGAGCAGGGAAACAUCCAGAAACGAAGCGAGCACCUCCUAUCCAUCAUGAAACAGUUCAAAGGCAUGUAAAUACAUGUCUCCAUAGCAACCAACUGGAGAAAACAGAUCUCCCGUGGAUAAAAUGGAAGAAUAGAUUUGACAUUCAUUUGUGUUUUCUGCUGGUGUGUUUGAAUAAUUAGCAUUGUGAGCAUAGGAGAAAUUUGCAUUUGUUGUCUUUUGCCAAAGAGUCAUCUUAUCUUAGAGAGGCGGUGAGGUCAGAGGAAUCAUGUUGACCUUGUCAUAAAAGGGAUAAUAUUUUAACCUGACUGGUACAAAAUCCUAGAGCAUACUAAGUGGGACUAUUAUGAAGGCCUAUGGAAAAUGUUGUAAAGGAAAGUAACAAACAAUCAAUCUGUUUUGUGUUGAAUAAUAAAGCAAUAGUGCAGCGCUCUUUGUAGUUUUGCACAUAUCUGCAGAGAUACACAUUCUGUUCCCUAAUCUUUUAAAUAAUCACACACACUUUUACAGUUUUACACUUUUCAGAUAAUGCAAUCAAGAGAUUUGAUUGUAUUGUAUUUUAUUCUAGCUAAAUCUGGGUAAACCAGAUAGAUUAUUAGGAAAUGGAUGUGUAUGGGAAUAGAUUACUCAAAUAAAAUGUGAAAAUUA